AUGAGAAGUAAAUGUCUCAUUUUACUGUUGAUCAUAACUUCCAUCUACGUUGGAAUUUCUGCUAAGAAUCACUCCUCAAGACCUAUUUUAAGCAGAAGUGAUUUCCCAGAAGAUUUCAUUUUUGGAUCUGCCACUUCUGCAUACCAGUGUGAAGGUGCUGCUCAUGAAGAUGGUAGAGGACCAAGUAUCUGGGACACCUUCUCUGAAAAUUUCCCAGAGAAGAUAUUGGAUGGUAGUAAUGGGUCCAUUGCUGAUAAUUCUUACAACCUAUACAAGGAAGAUGUGAAUUUGCUGCAUCAAAUUGGCUUCCAUGCUUACCGAUUCUCGAUCUCAUGGUCACGGAUUUUGCCUCGUGGGGAUUUAAAGGGAGGUAUCAACCAGGCUGGACUUGAUUAUUACAACAACUUGAUUAAUCAACUUCUGUUAAAAGGAAUGAAGCCAUUUGUCACAAUCUUUCACUGGGACCUACCAGAGGCACUUGAACAUGCAUACGGUGGCUUCCUCGGAGCUGAGAUUGUGAAUGAUUUCCGGGACUAUGCAGAACUCUGCUUCCAGAAAUUUGGAGAUAGAGUGAAGCAAUGGGUGACAGUAAACGAGCCAUUUACAGUGGUACGUGAUGGUUACAUAAUUGGUCAAAAGGCACCUGGAAGAUGUUCCAGUUUCACUAAUCCUAAUUGCACCGGGGGUGAUGGAGCCACCGAACCUUACAUCGUCGGCCAUAACUUCCUCCUCGCUCAUGGAGCCGCCGUCAAGAUCUACAGAGAAAGGUACCAGGCAAUUCAGAAAGGCAAUAUUGGUAUCGCCUUAAACACAGAAUGGCACUACCCUUACUCAGAUUCAUAUGCUGACAAACUAGCCGCAGCUCGAGCCACGGCCUUCACCUUUGACUACUUCUUGGAGCCAAUCGUCUAUGGUAGAUACCCUGCCGAAAUGGUCAACCAUGUGAAAGACGGUCGCCUACCUACAUUCACACCAGAAGAGUCAUCAAUGCUAAAAGGAUCAUAUGAUUUCAUAGGUCUUAACUAUUACUUAUCUUUCUACGUUAAAGACGUGCCGUGUGCAACUGAAAACAUCACCAUGUACACCGAUCGUUGCGCCAGCAUAGUAGGUGAGCGAAAUGGAGUGCCUAUCGGUCCAACGGCUGGUUCGAGUUGGCUUAUGAUAUACCCCAAGGGUAUUCGUGAUCUUCUACUGCAUGCAAAAUUAAAAUACAAUGAUCCCGUCUUGUAUAUAACAGAAAACGGAGUGAAUGAAGCUAACACUGGAGAAAUCUUUCUUAAUGACAACUUGAGAAUUGACUACUACGCUAAUCACCUUAAGAUGGUUCGCGAUGCAAUCUCGAUGGGGGUGAAUGUGAAAGGAUAUUUUGCAUGGUCGCUGAUGGAUAACUUCGAGUGGUCGGAAGGAUACACGGUCCGGUUCGGGCUAGUGUAUGUGGACUUUAGAAAUGGACGUAAGAGGUAUCCCAAGAAAUCAGCUAAGUGGUUCAGGAGAUUGUUGAAGGGAAAGUAUAUUGGGACUAAACAGCAAGUGGCUGUUAUGUAGUAAAUCAUGAGCUUCACGAUUUGUUGUCUACGUAUGAUAGGAUACGUAGCGUGCUUUUUCCAUGUGCAGAAAAUAAUAAUUAAUUAAGAUGAGAGGUGACUUUGUUUUGGAUGUUACCAAAUUUUAAUUUUGUAAAAAGGCUUACCAAAUUUUAAUAUUGGAAACAAUUUGGUAAUCCUCAGCGUUCAUUAACGUUCUAAACAUUAAAAACACAUGUGAUGAUCGGUUGGAUUUUAACUUAGUUUCCAAUAUUUUUAAAUCACUAAUCUUAAAACAGUUAUGAUGUAACUUUAUUUAUUUUAAAAUUAAAGCUUACAACAUUUGUUUUCCAAUCAGUUUAAUAAUCUAAUGAGACGUUCUAAACAAAAGCUACACCAUCUACCUUCUAUUUCAUGUUUUUUUUUAACUAAAACAACUGUUAAAGUGUUUAACAAGUUUUUUUUUGUUGUAAAAGUGUGUUUACAAGUUGUGUGUUUUCUACUGCAACAAAAUAUACAUAUACAACAAUAAAAACUAUAAACUAAAAUUCUAUAACAGAGUUUCUGCAUCUUCAAUCCAACCAAUCAUCCACUUUGAUAUCAUAUUAUUAGUAUCUGAAAGUAACGGUUAUAAACCAUAAACGUUUCUAAGAAAAAGUAUUAUAAUUCAAUUAUUUUUUUAUUUUUUUCUAAACUAUACAUUAAUUUCCUCUAACAUGAUGACAUGUAUGUUUUGAGUAU